CAGCAAGAUCCGAUUUUUGCAUAUCCCAAAGCCGUGCUAUUCCCUUUUCUGCCGUUGCGUUUGCGCCAAGGACUCUGCUGUGCGAUAGAGAUCCUUUUCCCUUCCAGCCAUGGCAAAGAAAGCAUACCAGGACGACAAAGAUGAAAGCCUCAUUCUUUCGAGACGCGGGCUAUCCAACCCUGCAGACGAACGGCCGCAAUAUCUCUCUCUCUAAAAAGAACCUAGGUUUGGAUUGCUGCGAGUUGCAGUAGAGCAACAUCAGGACAGAUGAUCGGAUUUUCAGAGUCGUGACCACGGUACUCCGUGAAUUCAUCGAACACCGUUCAGUCCUCCUUGUGUCUGGUCAUCAUUUGUAUGGCAUCCAGGGGAACGAGCGCUGGGAUACUGCGCCCUCAGAGUAGAGAGCGAUGCAUACCUCAUCUCCGGCGAGCAGGUUUGGUAGCCACUUUUGCACAGAAGCAAGCAGAGAACAUGUCCUAGGAUGUUGGAAACUGUUGGACGACAUACCAGGGACACUCUUUUGCUCAUACCAUAUAGGUAUUCCAGUAAACAUGAUGAACGUCAAAGGCCUCGCCCGACUCAAGAACAAACCGGCCAAGGAUCCGAAGGGGCCGGACGCUGGCGGACAAAAGCCCGUCGGUGCGCCUCCCAAGAAGCCCGAGGGCGAUGCUGCUGCGGCGAAGAGGAAGCCGUCGGCAAAGGAGCCCCCCCAGGCCCCCAAGAAAUCGAAGAAGGGGGACGCCGCGAAGGAUGACCCUCCAGAGAUGCCGAUGGCGCAGGUGCCGAGGGGUGCCCGGGAGCCAUCUCUCGAGGUCCUCACGCUCUCCCUUCCGGCUGGCACGGCCGUGUUGAAUGGCACGGCUGACCCGAGGGCGCUCCUGAGAGGUAUAACCCUCGAUAUCGACAUGGCAGCUCUCGGGGCCGAUGACGACCAAGCCCUCAAAGACAGGAUCCUCCGGUCUUCCCUCACGACUUGCGUUGCCCUCGGAGAGCAGUUCUGACGAGUGGAGGAAUGGUGCCUCCACAAAGCUAGGCAAGACGCCAAGAUGAAGGAGCUAAUCCUCAGGGACUCCCAGGCCACGAAGCUGAUGGCCCAGCUUGAAGAGGACCUCCACCUUGCGAGAGCGGAGGCCGGGAGGCUCAGGGAGGAGAGAGAAAAAGCUGAGGAGGCCGCUGCGGAGGCCGCAAGGAGAGCUGCCGAGGAGGCCGAGGCCAUCAGGGCGAAGGCUGUCGCCACAGCCCGGGAGGAGGCCAUCUCCGGGUUCCUGGACGGGGGGUGGAAGACCGAGGGGCACAAGGCGUGGCUGUCCUCGGUUGUGGAGGCCUCAGUCGACGAGUGGUCCGAGGGCCCGGGCGAGGAAUGGAUGGCCCGAAAGGGUGAGCAAUAUUAUGAUGGGGGCGAGUUUUUCACUCAAGCCCUCAUCUACCGGAGGAUGGCCCGCCGUCUGAAGAUUGAGUCGAAGGACUUUGACCCGGCGGCAUACGGGCUCCCCCCCUGCAGCCAGACAUCCGUGUUCCUCUCCCCCUGAUGUCGAGAGGCCAGACCUGGAGGAUUCUGAGCUCCGGAGGGAAGCCGAGGGCGGCGAUCCUGAGGCCGAUGUAGAGGUCACCUCGAAGCCAUCGGGGGAGGCGUCCCCCGGGAAUGACGUUAUUUGAUAUGUACUUUGUAUUUUGAACACUCUUGUAAUAGCCACAUUAGCAUGUUUUCGGC